AUGUGGAUCCUAUUGGUUUUUAUUAGUGUGGUAACAAUCAAAAAAUUUAAACAGCUUCAUUUGAGUGAACCACAAUUUCACAGAUGUAAAACUGUGGAUACGAACUUGCCCAAACCAGUGUUAAAUCAUGAACAUCCUCGAAAUGCUUCAAUAAUUUUUAUCGGUGGACACCAGAGUACAGGUACUGGACUUAUGCGAAUAAUUUUGGAUGUUCAUUCAAUGGUACGAUGCGGUCCCGAACCUAUCAUAACUUGGGAAGUUAUGAAUUUCAGAAAAUCAGCGGAGUCAUAUCAAAAAAGGUUGAUGGAAGCUGGAGUUGAUUCACAUGUCUUAGAUGAAGCCACAGCUGCAUUCAUUGUCUCAGUGAUUGAGAAUAUGGGUCCACCUGCUGUGCGAUUGUGUCACAAACAACCUGGAAUUUACUAUCAUCUCCGUGAUUUAGGUGAUCUAUUUUAUGAAGCUAAAUUUAUUCACAUGAUUCGAGAUGGCAGAGCAGCAGUGUUUUCAACCGUAGCCGCUAAACAACUAGGUGUGUUGGUCAAUGAUAACAAGGAUGUAAGCCAGAAUGUUCAUAAAAGUAGUAACUUAGAUCAGGAUAGUGAUAGUAGUGGCAAAAGCAACAAUAAUAUAAAUGUUGGUCAUAAAAAUGAAAUCGCAGAUACCUCAAGGACUAAAAUAGAUAAAGCAACUUGA